AUGGUCCACAUCAAAGAAUUUGCCGUCGAAAGGUGGAUGGACGAAUACGAAGAUAAUGCCAGAUACAACCUCGCCGAAACCUGCUGUGCCUCUGUAUCCCUCAACGACCUGGAAGUGUUCGCCGGAAGCAAGUCCACAAACAUCAUCGACUUCUCUAAGAAGCAGAUCUAUGGCGCCAUCCGAGGUUCUAAGCAACUGAGACAGAACAUUGCCAAUCUCUACUCUGGAGGCAUAGACGGAGAUGUCAAGCCGAGUCAGGUCUUGGUCACUAACGGUGCGAUCCAGGCGAAUUUUCUGACUUUGUAUACCAACGUGGGCGUUGGUGAUCAUGUGGUUUGCCAGUACCCUACUUAUCAACAACUCUACUCUGUCCCCGAGUCUUUUGGUGCCGAGGUGAGCUUGUGGCGCUCAGAUGAGACCAAAGAGUGGGGGCUGCAUCUCGAGGAACUGGAAAAGCUUGUGCAGCCGAACACGAAGCUCAUUAUUCUCAACAACCCGCAAAAUCCAACUGGUGCUGUGCUCAGUCGCGAAACUCUACAAGGCAUAGUAGACUUUGCUCGUAAGCACAGCAUCACCAUCCACAGCGACGAGGUAUAUCGACCCCUCUUCCACUCCACAGGAUCACAAAAUCCUCCCUCAAUCCUUUCAUUCGGGUAUGAAAAGUGCUACGCCACAGGUUCAAUGUCCAAAGCAUUCAGUCUGGCAGGCAUUCGCUUGGGCUGGAUUGUCUCCGCGGACACCAGUAUCAUCGACGCAUGUGCUUCUACAAGAGAUUACACAACAAUCUCCGUAAGCCAAGUAGAUGACCAGAUCGCCACCUUCGCACUCAGUCUUCCGACUAGAGAAAACUUGAUGCAGCGAAACAUCCAGCUUGCAAGAGAAAACCUCGCUUUGGUUAACGCUUUCGUUGAAAAGUUCAGUUGGGCUUGCCAAUGGACACGUCCGAAAGCUGGAACUACUGCUUUCAUCGAGUUCUUUGGCAGAAAUGGUAGACCCAUUCGAGAUGUCGAGUUUUGCGAGCGUUUGUUUGCAAAGACUGGAGCUAUGCUGGUACCUGGAAGCCGUUGUUUUGGAGGCGAUAUUGACUUCCAGGGAUAUGUCCGUUUGGGGUACGUGCAAGAAAAUCAGAUCAUCGUUGAUGGCCUCAAAGUGCUGGAAGAUUUCAUGCGCUCUGACUAUGAAACGUUGCCGACAUACUAA